CCGUGCAAGAGAGUAGAGAAAAGAUGGCCGCCCGCCUUGUUAGGUCGAGCACUUCGCCACGCGCUAACUCGCGUUCGCCGCCCUCGUAGUUGGACUCGUGCGACCCGCGUGUGCCGCCUAGUCGGUCGGUCAACAUCCCGUUUCACCUUUCACUGACAUUCGGCCGUCGAUUUCGGCCCUAGCUGCGUGAAUUCGUGCAAAUUCUUUCGUGUCGUUGUUGCUCACGGCCUCAAAAUGGCAGCCAUUGCGGGAUCCGCUCGCCGACCGAUUCAGCUCUGGUGACUUCUUCGACGAGCCCCUGCACACCCUGCCGAAGGGUCGCGACUGAAUUUUCGCACGGUUCGCAUCCACUUCGGCAUUUUCUGACUUUUCCAAGUGUUUUUGGUGUGAUACUGAAAGAAUUCGGCGAGAUUGGCCUGCACGAAAAUCGACUUAUGCAAUGCGUCAGUCAAAUUUGAGCGAUUCGGAGAAUUCCGACUCCGACAAGAACUCGUCUGCUUCUGAUGACGAGUCAAACAAAAGCCAAAAAAGCUCCAAGUCGUCGGCGUCUGGCUCUGGGAGUGGGUCAGGCUCAAGCUCCUCAGGGUCUGCAUCGUCGAAGUCAGGAAGCGGUUCAGAUUCCGAUUCUGACAAUGGCGAAAAAGCGUCGCCUGCCAAAAGCAGCAGCUCUGCGUCUCCUUCAAAGGACUCGCCCACCAAGGGUCGCAAGUCCGAAGAACUGAAGCAGGUAAAGAAGAGAUCCAGCAACGAUUCAGAGUGCUGGGAGAAUAAUCCAGACAUUUACGGGAUCCGUCGAUCUGGUCGUGAGAGAAAGGAGCCAGAGAGACUUAAUGUGGCUGAGAGUGAUUCCAGUGAUAGAGCCGGCAAGAAGGUCUCUGGACGUCGAGCUUCCAAAAAUUCCAACACAUGGAAUAGUGAUUCUUCAGACUCUGAUUCUGACCCAGUCAAAACAAAGGCGCCUCCCAGCAGACGGCCAGGGGGAAAGCAGCCCGCACGGAGCAGCAAACCUGCACCAAAGAGUAGGCCACAGAGGAAGAGGUACAACUCGGCAUCUUCCGACGAGUCAAGUUUUGAUAGUGAUGAAAAUGAAAGAGGGAGAGGUGCCAAGAAACGGGCUGGAGCUCAUGUCAGUUACAAAGAGGCUAGUGACGACGGAACUGGAUCUGAAGACCUGGUCGAAGUUGACUGGACUAAUUAUGAAGCCCCAGAGCCUGACAAUGCAGAAACCAUCGAAAAAAUAAUUGCUCAGAGAGUCGGGAAGAAAGGAGCAACUGGAAACAUCACAACCUGUUAUGCUGUAGAAAAAUCGGGUGAUCCCAAUGACGGGGUCCAGCAGUGUAACCCUGAAGAGACAGAAUCACAGUUUUUAAUCAAGUGGAAGGGCUGGUCCCACAUCCACAACACCUGGGAGUCGGAGCAGACUCUGAAAGACCAAAAGGUUAAAGGCAUUAAGAAAUUAGAGAAUUUUAUCAAGAAAGAAGACGAAUUGAAUUACUGGAAAAGGCAUGCUACUCCAGAGGAUGUAGAAUACUACGAGUGUCAAUUGGAACUUCAACAAGAAUUGCUAAAGAGUUACAACCGUGUGGAGAGAAUCAUUGCCGAAUACACAAAACCCGAAACUGGUACCCCAGAUUAUUUUAUCAAAUGGGAAAGCCUACCAUAUGCAGAAGCGACCUGGGAAGACGGGCCUCUGAUAGUCGAAAAGUGGCCCCAAAAAAUCAAGGAGUUCCGCGACCGAGAGGAUUCUAAAAAGACCCCUUCAAAGCAAACACGCUGCCUGAAAUACAGGCCAAAAUUUUCACAACUCAAAUCGCAACCAGAAUACAUGGGAGGCGACCAAGUUUUGGUUUUGAGAGACUACCAGCUGGAUGGUGUCAAUUGGCUCAUCCACUCGUGGUGCAAGGAAAACUCUGUGAUCCUGGCUGAUGAAAUGGGUCUGGGGAAAACCAUCCAGACGAUUUGCUUCCUUUAUUAUUUGUACAACGCCCAACAAUUAUAUGGGCCAUUCCUACUCGUUGUUCCUCUGUCAACUAUGACCUCAUGGCAAAGAGAAUUUGUUUUAUGGGCUCCUGAAAUGAAUGUCGUUACAUAUCUGGGAGACGUUGGUUCCAGAGAAAUUAUUCGCCAACAUGAAUGGAUAUACCCAUCAAAAAGGCUGAAGUUUAACGCCAUUCUGACAACCUACGAGAUCCUUCUAAAGGACAAAGCUUUCCUUGGCAGUCUUGAUUGGGCUGCCUUGCUGGUUGACGAGGCGCACAGACUUAAAAAUGAUGAUUCCCUUCUGUACAAGGCACUUAUGGAGUUCCGCACCAACCACAGACUUCUCAUCACUGGCACUCCACUGCAGAACAGUCUCAAAGAGUUGUGGAGCUUGUUGCAUUUCAUCAUGCCAAACAAAUUUGAUAAUUGGGAAGAGUUUGAAAAGGAGCAUGAUAACGCAGCCAACAAAGGCUACUCAAAACUGCACAAGCAACUCGAGCCGUUCAUUCUUCGCCGAGUGAAAAAGGAUGUUGAAAAGUCUCUGCCAGCCAAAGUCGAACAAAUCCUGCGAGUGGAGAUGACCUCCUUGCAGAAGCAAUACUACAGAUGGAUCCUCACCAAGAACUACAGCGCACUUAGAAAAGGAAACAAGGGAUCCUCCACAACUUUCCUCAACAUUGUGAUUGAGUUGAAAAAGUGCUGCAAUCAUUCGUACCUCACAAAACCAAUUGACCACGAACAAAAAUCGUCAUAUGAUGACUACCUGACUACUUUGAUACGAGGCUCAGGAAAGCUGGUACUUUUAGAUAAACUCCUAGUCCGACUAAGAGAAACUGGUCACAGAGUUUUAAUUUUCUCGCAAAUGGUGCGGAUGCUGGACAUUUUGGCAGAAUACUUGCAGCUUAGGCACUUUUCAUUCCAAAGACUCGACGGCGGCAUCAAAGGAGAGUUGAGAAAGCAAGCUCUUGACCACUUCAACGCUGAAAAUUCCCAAGACUUCUGUUUCCUUCUUUCAACGAGAGCAGGAGGCUUGGGCAUCAAUUUAGCCACAGCUGACACAGUUAUCAUAUUUGAUUCUGACUGGAACCCUCAAAAUGAUUUACAAGCUCAAGCUAGAGCUCACAGGAUUGGACAGAAGAACCAAGUCAAUAUAUAUAGACUCGUUACCAAAAACUCUGUCGAGGAGGACAUUGUAGAGCGAGCUAAGCAGAAGAUGGUGCUCGACCACCUUGUCAUUCAACGAAUGGACACUACAGGUCGAACAGUCCUUGAUAAAAAGGCUACCUCCACCACAACUCCUUUCAACAAAGACGAGUUAUCAGCCAUUUUGAAGUUCGGUGCUGAGGAAUUGUUCAAGGAUGAUGAAGAUGGAGAUGAAGAGCCAACUUGUGAUAUUGAUGAAAUCCUGAGAAGGGCGGAAACGAGGGACGAAGAGCCCGCAAGGAUAGGUGAUGAGCUGUUGUCGGCUUUCAAGGUGGCCAGUUUUGCUGCCUUUGACGAGGAAGACAAAAUUGAUAACACUGAACCUGAGCCUGAAGACGAAAGCAAAGAUUGGGACGACAUCAUUCCCGAAAAUUUCAGGAAGAAAGUUGAGGAGGAAGAAAAAGCAAAAGAAAUGGAAGACCUUUACCUUCCGCCAAGAAGUAGGAAAACCCUUCAGCAAAUCAAUCAGUCUGAGAGUGAUGAUGGUCGAGGAAAGAAAAGGAGGAAGAUUGAGGAGGAUGAGGAUGAUGACUCUGUUUCUGGCAGCGAUGAUGGUGGAGGCUCUGACGACGACAGGCCAAGGAAGAGAGGAAGGCCCCGUUCGUCAAACAAAGAAACCAUCAAGGGCUUCAGCGACGCAGAAGUUCGUCGGUUUGUUAAAAGCUACAAGAAGUUCCCUGCUCCCCUGAAGAGACUGGAGGCUGUGGCAUGUGAUGCUGAGCUUCAAGAAAAGCCCCUGGCUGACCUGAAGAAGCUUGGAGAGACUUUGAAAGACAGAUGCAGUAAGAUCAUGACUGAAUGGACAACACUGAAGGAAAACGACACCAAUGACGAUCCAGGUCAAAAGAAACGAGAAAGAGGACCAUCGUUUAAACUAGGUGGUGUUUCCGUCAAUGCAAAAACGCUGAUUGCCACUGAAAAAGAACUGGAGCCUUUGGACGAAAUGCUGCCCAGUGACACUUCAGAGAGAAAUCGAUGGGUACUGGAAGCAAGAGUUAAGCCAAGCAACUUUGAUGUUGAGUGGGAAAUUGAAGACGACUCAAAGUUACUUCGUGGUGUGUAUCAGUACGGCAUGGGCUCCUGGGAAGCCAUCAAAAUGGAUCCCGGUCUGCACAUAGGAGACAAAAUUUUGCUUAAUGAUGACAAGAAGCCCCAAGCUAAACAUCUCCAAGCAAGAGCUGAGUACUUAUUGAAAAUACUUAAAAACCAGCUCAACGUCAAACAAGGAGUGAGCAAACCCAAAAAGCAGAGGAAACAGAGGGAAGCAAAAGUGGCUCUCACAAAACCUAUUAUUGAACAUGACGAAGUUUCGUCUGCAGACGAAGCAACAAACCUGUCCGCAGCCAGCAGCAAGAAGAAGGUCAAAGUGAAAGAGGAGGUCAAGGUGGAAAUCGAUGAAGACUCGAGGGACGUAAAGAAGAAGCAGAAAAAAGAGAAAAAGGAGAGCAAGGCCAAGAAAGCUCAGGGCCCAAUGCACUUCACUGCAAACAACGAGCCACGCGCCCUCGACGUCAUGGGAGAUUUGGACCCACAGAUCUUUGACCAGUGCAAGGAGAAAAUGCGACCUGUUAAAAAAGCCCUCAAGGCCCUGGACAGCCCUGACCAAAGUUUACCGGAAAAAGAGCAAGUCCACCACGCAAAGAUGUGUUUGCUGCAAAUAGGGGAACAAAUAAAUAAAUGUUUGUCCGAGUUCAAAGAUCCAGAGAAAGUCAAAGAGUGGAGGAGCAAUCUUUGGUACUUUGUCUCCAAAUUCACUGUUUACGAUGCCAAGAAACUCUUUAAACUGUACAAACAGACUUUAAAGAAGGAGGAAAAGAAAAAGGGGAAGAAGCAAAAAUCUGAAAAAGAGGAAAAAACAAAGGAGGAGCCCUCAGAGAAAGAGCACAAAAGUAAGGAUAGAGACAAAACCAAUAGCAGUAAAAAACGAAAAGCUGAAACAGAACCGGAAUUCCAGUCAUCCCCUAAAAAAUCAGUAUCAGAGUCAAGAAACAAAGAAAAGGAAGACAGAAGGGAGAAGGAGAAAAAGCAAGAGCCCCGCUCAGAAAGUCGUGGCAGCAACUCGGACUCAAGAGGCAGCUUGGACAAAAAGGAUCGGUCCCGUGAUGGUCCUUCCACUCCGCAAAGAAACUUUCAGCAAGCUGGCAACUACUCCAACAAUAGUCCUCACAGCAGACCUGACAACGAGAGUCGCUGGGGAAACAACAGUUCUGGCAGAGACAGGUACAGCGGUGCCGGAGACAAGAGGGACAACUAUCAACGAAUGCCUAAAAACUUCCAUCGAGACCGCGAUAGGCCAAGACCACCUGACAACAGAAGGUUCCAUCAAGGUGGCCCCAGUGGUUCAGGUGGAUUUGGAGGUGGGAACAGUGGAAGCCAGUUUGGCGGCGUCUUUGCAGGAGGCAACAACAACAUGUACUCUGGUAAUGAGCAUCCCCAAAUGUCCAAUUUUGGAAGCCAAAGGGACAGGUUCAUGGGGCCGAGUUCAAGUAAUUAUCCUGAUUGGAGGGCGUCCGGAGGAGGUAACAGGAGGGACUUUGACAACCGGCGACCACAGAACUAAGUUUACCACAAUCUUAUCACAUUAUAUAGCCCUUGAAAUGUGCCACGAAGGCCCUGUGUGCAUGUGAUUUUAUAUUAUUCCAACCAUCAGACUCCUAAGCCCAGCGUUAAGGCAAAAGUGUAAAUGAAAUGUGAGGAAACAAUGUAUUUUCGUGUGAAAUGAAAUGCUAUGCGCCUGGUCCGCGUUUGACCGUUUUAACAGCAGAAUGAUGUUUAUUAAUUAUUUAAGAAGAUCAUACAUUGUUUUCCAUCAACUACGGGUGAUGCUUUUUAGUGCAACACUUUUUAUUAUUAUUCGACUGAUGAAAAAAAAAUAUAGAAAUAAUUUGCUGCAGUAGGUCGCUGUCCUUUAGCUUGACGAGCGCCCUUAUUUUUGUUUACUGCUGCAUUCGUUAUCACUCUCGUUUCAAAAUAUACUGUGAUUAUUUUGAAAUGUGUAUUCACUGAUUUGGCCAAUAAAUUUUUCCCCAUACAA